AUGAAUAUAUCGUUUGAAGGAAAACGCAUUUUAGUGACGGGUACUGGACAAGGUAUCGGUCGUGAUAUUGCCAUAGAAUUAUGCAAAGCAGGUGCCAAAGUAGUAGCUGUAUCCAAGACGAAAUCAUAUUUAGACAGCCUUCACGCACAAUACCCGGCAAUAGAUGUGGUAACUCAGGAUAUUGGAGACUGGGAUAAAACCCGAAAAGUUAUAGAUGAUCUGGGAUAUUUUGAUGCUUUAGUCAACAACGCAGCUAUAGCCACAAUUCAACCAUUUUUAGAGUGUUCACCAGAAGUUUUCGACAGAAUGAUCAGCGUAAACCUCAAAGCCGUUAUAAAUAUAAGUCAAGUUGUGGCUAAAAAGAUGAUCGAAAAGAAAAAACCUGGUGUAAUCAUCAAUAUUUCUACUCAAGGAUCGAAGGUAGCAAUUAAAAAUCACACGAUAUACAGCGCAUCGAAAGCUGCAUUAGAUUCUGUAACUCGUACAAUGGCUCUGGAGCUAGGACCAUACGGCAUCAGGGUUAACGCGGUCAACCCUACAGUCAUUAUGACUGAAAUGGGUAAAAAAGCAUGGUCUGAUCCAGUAAAAGCUAAAGCUAUGCUUUCUAGGAUACCCUUGGGCAGAUUUGGAGAAGUUUCCGAAGUUACAGACGUCGUGCUUUACUUACUGAGUGAUAGAGCGAGUAUGAUACAUGGUGUUGAGUUGCCUAUCGACGGAGGUUUCCUUGCUGUGUAG